AUCCAAUUUUUUAUUUUGUCUUCCAUUCCACCCAUGAACCUUGAUACUGUUUUUCUUCCAAAACCAAUUUUUCUUCAUGGGUUAUCUAGCAUACUUCAUAUACUAUUGCUUGUGGCGGUUUUAAUCUCAUGGGUUUGGAAAAAAAUCACAACUUGUGUUGUCAAUGAGUUUAAGGAGACACCUAAUAGCACAAAAUUAUGUUCCAUUGGUUUCUCUUUUUUCAAUUUUGUUCUGUUUCUGUUCAAUUAUUUUUACUGGUAUACAAGUGAUUGGUCAGAAGAAAAAGCUGUUACCCUUUUUGAUUUAGCUCUCAAAACAGUUACUUGGUUCGUUCUUUUUGUUUGUUUCCAGAAAGGGUUCUUGUUUUUCUUCAGUUUAGGUCAAAGAAAAAGAAAGUUUUCAUUCUUCUUUAGAGCUUGGUGUGUUUUCUAUCUUUUUGUUUCAUGUUAUUGUUUUGUGGUUGACAUUGUUGUUCUUUAUCAAAAUCACAUUGAGUUAACGGUUCACUGCAUGAUUUCUGAUGUUGUAUCAUUUUGUGUUGGUUUGUUCUUUUGUUAUGUGGGGUAUUGUGUGAAACUUGAGAGUGAAGAAAGUGAUAGAACUAUUCAUGAGCCUCUUUUGAAUGGUGAUACACAUGUUGGUAAUGGUAAUGGUUUAGAGUUACAAGCGACUAAAGGGAGUGACACUGUUGCUCCUUUUUCAAAUGCUGGAUUUUGGAGUCUUCUCACCUUCACUUGGGUGAGUCCACUUAUAGCAUUUGGCAAUAAGAAGACGUUAGACCUUGAGGAUGUUCCUCAGCUAGAUAGUAGAGAUAGUGUGGUUGGAGCUUUUCCUAUUUUCAGAGACAAACUUGAAGCUGAUUGUGGUGCAAUCAAUAGAGUAACCACACUUAAAUUGGUUAAGUCUUUGAUAAUCUCAGGGAAAAAAGAGAUUUUUAUCACUGCUUCUCUUGCAUUGGUAAACACUUUUUCUACUUAUGUUGGCCCUUAUCUUAUUGAUUCUUUUGUUCAAUACCUUGAUGGAAAAAGGCUAUAUGAGAAUCAAGGCUAUGUGUUGGUUUCUUCCUUUUUCUUUGCAAAGCUUGUAGAAAGCUUAACAAACAGGCAGCAGUUCUUUAGGUUGCAGCAACUCGGACUUCGAAUCCAAGCACUGCUUGUGACAUUGAUAUAUAACAAAGCCUUAACACUUUCAUCUCAAUCAAGGCAGUGUCACACUUCUGGAGAAAUAAUCAAUUUCAUGACCGUUGAUGCUGAAACAGUUGGUAGUUUCAGUUGGUAUAUGCAUGAUUUGUGGAUAGUAGCUUUGCAAGUUACAUUGGCAUUGUUGAUUUUGUAUAAAAACCUUGGACUUGCUUCAGUUGCUGCUUUUGUUACAACCAUCAUUGUUAUGUUGGCAACUCUUCCAACGGGAUCAUUCCAAGAGAAGUUACAUAAUAAGUUGAUGGAGUCAAAGGAUACUAGAAUGAAGACCACAUCUGAAAUUUUAAGAAACAUGAGGAUCCUCAAACUACAAGGAUGGGAAAUGAAGUUUCUGUCUAAAAUAACUGAGCUCAGAGACGCCGAACAGGGGUGGUUGAAAAAGUAUCUUUAUACUUCCGCUGUGACUACGUUUGUCCUUUGGGGUACACCAAUUCUUGUAUCUGUGGUUACUUUUGGUACUUGUACGCUCAUAGGGAUCCCACUUGAGUCAGGAAAGGUUCUGUCGGCACUUGCAACAUUCAGGAUGCUUCAAAGGCCUAUUUAUAGUCUUCCAGAUGUAAUUUCAAUGAUAGCACAAACUAAAGUUUCUCUUGAUAGGAUCGGGUCGUUCCUUCGUCUUGAUGACUUGCAGUCUGAUGUUGUCAAAAAGCUUCCUCCGGGUAGUUCUGAUACUGCAAUUGAAGUGGUUAAUGGGAAUUUUUCUUGUGAUUUAUCUUCACCCAAUCCAACUUUGCAGAACGUAAACCUCAAAGUUUUUCAUGGCAUGAAGGUUGCUGUUUGUGGUACUGUUGGAUCAGGCAAGUCUACUUUACUUUCAUGUGUAUUGGGAGAAGUACCAAAGAUAUCAGGCAUCCUUAAAGUUUGUGGAACAAAGGCCUAUGUUGCUCAAUCACCAUGGAUUCAAAGUGGCACGAUAGAGGAUAAUAUAUUGUUUGGUGAACACAUGGUUAAGGAAAGGUAUGAGAUGGUACUUGAAGCAUGUUCCCUGAAGAAGGAUCUGGAAAUAUUGUCAUUUGGUGAUCAGACAGUUAUAGGCGAGCGUGGAAUAAAUUUGAGUGGUGGACAGAAACAGAGAAUACAAAUUGCUCGCGCUCUUUACCAAGAUGCUGAUAUAUAUCUAUUUGAUGAUCCUUUUAGUGCCGUGGAUGCUCAUACAGGAUCUCACCUUUUUAAGGAAUGCUUGCUGAGUGUUCUAAGUUCAAAAACAGUUGUUUAUGUUACUCAUCAAGUGGAGUUCUUACCUACUGCUGACCUUAUAUUGGUCAUAAAAGAUGGAAAAAUUACUCAAAGCGGAAAGUAUGCCAGCCUUCUUGACAUUGGAACCGAUUUUAUGGAAGUUGUUGGUGCACACAGAGAAGCUUUGUCUGCACUUGAAUCAUUGGAUGGAGGAAAAACAUCUAAUGAGAUAAGUACAUUCGAACAAGAAGUAAGUAUCUCUGGCACUCAUGAAGAGGCAACCAAAGAUGUGCAAAAUGGUAAAGCAGAUGAUAAUAGCGAACCGAAAAACCAACUUGUUCAAGAAGAAGAAAGGGAGAAAGGUAAAGUUGGGUUUUCGGUGUAUUGGAAGUAUAUCACAACUGCAUAUGGAGGAUCUGUCGUACCAUUCAUAUUAUUGGCCUAUAUUCUUUUUCAAGCUCUUCAAAUUGGAAGCAACUACUGGAUGGCGUGGGCAACUCCCAUCUCAGCAGAUGUGGAGCCACCUGUUGAAGGGACGACUCUUAUUGAAGUCUAUGUUGGUUUGGCCUUUGCAAGUUCUAUAUGCAUUCUUGUUAGAUCUAUGUUACUUGUUACAGUUGGUUGUAAGACAGCUACUAUACUCUUCAAAAAAAUGCACUUGUGUAUCUUUCGCGCCCCCAUGUCAUUUUUCGAUUCUACUCCAAGUGGACGGAUCCUUAAUAGAGCUUCUACUGACCAAAGAGCAGUGGAUACAGACAUUCCUGAUAAAAUUGGCACAUUUGCCUUUUCUAUGAUCCAGCUUCUGGGAAUUAUAGCAGUUAUGUCUCAGGUUGCAUGGCAAGUUUUCAUCGUAUUUUUACCCAUGAUAGCAGUCAGCAUUUGGUAUCAGCGAUAUUAUUUACCAUCAGCCCGUGAACUGUCACGUUUAGGUGGAGUAUGCAAAGCCCCAAUCAUUCAACACUUUGCGGAAACAAUUUCCGGCACUUUAACCAUUAGAAGCUUUGAUAAACAGUCAAGAUUUCAUGAAACAAAUAUGAAACUGAUUGAUGGGUAUUCUCGGCCAAAGUUCAACAUUGCUGCUGCUAUGGAAUGGUUAUGUUUCCGUUUAGAUAUGUUGUCUUUGAUCACAUUUGCCUUUUCUUUGAUAUUCUUGAUAUCGAUUCCACCUGGAAUCAUAAAUCCAGGCAUUGCUGGUCUAGCUGUUACCUAUGGUCUAAAUUUAAACAUAAUACAAGCUUGGAUGAUAUUGACACUUUGCAACUUGGAGAACAAAAUUAUAUCGGUAGAAAGGAUGCUUCAGUAUACAACCAUUCCAAGUGAGCCUCCCCUUGUUUUAGAAGAAGAAAAUAGGCCAAUCCCUUCUUGGCCCGCAUAUGGCGAGGUUGAUAUACGGAACUUGCAGGUUCGGUACGCUCCACAUCUUCCGCUUGUGUUGCAUGGCCUGACAUGCACAUUUCGUGGAGGAUUGAAAACCGGCAUUGUUGGUAGAACAGGUAGCGGCAAAUCAACUCUUGUACAAGCACUUUUUCGACUCGUUGAACCUUCUGCUGGGGAACUUAUCAUUGACAACAUCAACAUCUAUACAAUCGGACUGCAUGAUCUGAGGUCUAGACUAAGCAUUAUCCCGCAAGACCCAACAAUGUUUGAGGGGACAGUGAGAAGUAAUCUGGACCCCCUUGAAGAGUACACUGAUGAACAAAUAUGGGAGGCCUUGGAUAAGUGUCAACUGGGAGAUGAAGUUAGAAAGAAUGAAGGAAAGCUUGACUCUUCAGUUAGUGAGAAUGGUGAGAAUUGGAGCAUGGGUCAGAGGCAGUUGGUUUGCCUUGGUAGGGUUCUACUUAAGAAGAGCAAGAUUUUGGUCCUUGAUGAAGCAACUGCAUCAGUUGAUACAGCUACAGAUAAUUUGAUUCAGCAAACUCUUAGGAAGCAUUUCACUGACUCCACGGUCAUUACCAUUGCGCAUCGAAUAACUUCUGUUCUUGACAGUGACAUGGUUCUACUUCUUAGUCAAGGACUUGUUGAGGAGUAUGACUCCCCAACCACAUUGCUAGAGGAUAAGUCAUCAUCUUUUGCUAAGCUUGUUGCAGAGUAUACCUCGAGGUCCAACUCCAACUUUUGAGAAAUCUGUUGAUCACUAAUUGGUCUAUUGUCCAAAUUAAAAGUUUUUCGCUAAAGAAAAAAUGACUAUUAGAAAGAAUGCAUUUUCAGUAAUAGUAGAAGUUUUUGAGAGGCAUGGCGCCACAACCUUGGAUACACAGGUCUUUGAAUUGAGAGACUCAAAGUUGGUUUAUGAUAUUGCUGAUAAGAUUUGCAGCUAUGGAUGGUCUGACAUCUUUAAAAAGGUACCAAAUAGCUAAGUCUACAGAAGUGACAAUCCAUCUAAAGGAAGAUACCCUGAAUUUUAUCAAUGUGGCUUCGAAGGCUGUUUCCGACCACCUUGAACUUGCUCAAGAAAAACAAACACUGAAUUUGUGUUACUUGUCGCAAGACCUCUCUAUCGUGCUACAUCUUACAUAUUACAUGCAAUUUUGGAGAGCUUUUUUUCAAUCUAUUUGUAUGUUAUUUUGUCCGUUGAUAGCAAACAUUUUCGACAGAAAUGGUUUAAUGUUGUUUGAUGUAGUUUUAUGUCAUUUUGUUUUAUUUAAUUUUUACGAAUUUUAAUGAAGUUACUAACCGUGGAUUUGGACAAGCAUGUACGUUCUUGGAACACUCAA